CUAUCCUAGAUUACAAGCCACACCCAAACAGGUACAAAAUGGAAAUUUGCUUGAGGGAAGUGGAAUGAUUUAUAUUUUGACUGAGAAUUAAAUAAGGCCAUUUUACCUUGAAGGGCUUUUAGAUAAGACAUCCAAAAUAGUAGGUCAUGGUAAAGGGUGUGAGAGAACAGAAUGAACCACUGAAUGGGGGUGGCCAUAGGGAAUGUUUUUAAGGAAACACCUUCUCCCUGCUAUGUGACCCACCAGAAUUGAACAAGGGGAAAUGAUGGUGGUAGCAGGUCAGUUUGAAAUGAACCUUCACGUAUUAUUUGGGUUGGGAAAAUCCCCUCUCUCCAACCACACCUUGGCCACUCCAGCACCACCACCCCCACAGAGGUGUCAGCGCUUUGUGAUGUCCAAGCCACCCCAGGACUAUCAUUGGAUAGCGGUGCUCCUUUCUGACCAAACAAAGCUGAAGGGCGGGGCUCUAAUUACCCGGGGGGUGGGUAUAUACAAGGAGGUCAGGAGCGUGGGGUAGACCAUUGGGAGGCUUAAAUAUGGCUAAGGAGACCUACACACCAGUGAAGCCUAAAAAAACAAUGAAACAACCAAUUAUUAGCACGAAAAAGCCAACCCCAAGAACCAAAAAGAAGAAGGAAAAGAAGAAGGAAAAGAAGAACUCUUGUCAACAAAAGACCAACAAAAAUGGCAAGGUGGAGAAGAAAAUCACAAAGGUAAAAAAACCCCUUCAAAGAAAUUCAAGAAAAAAACCUCGAUCACCUCCUUCCUGCUCAAAAAAGCCUAGGAAGACAAUGAGCCCAGCAGCAUUUGUGUGUCAUCACAAGCAGAAUAAGACACAAAAUGAAAAUCAGAAGAGCAAGUGCAAAAAACCCCAGGAAGUAGAAAUCAGAAAAGCAAGCAUAGAAGACACUGGCAACGUCAAGCCAUCCCAAGUAACCAUCUCUGCUGCCAGUAAAUGCAGAGCCUGGAUCAGAAACGUAGAACUAGCAACAGCAUCUCCACAGGUGGCUCUGGGGAAUCGCCAAUCACAUAAAGGCCAAAUCUGAGAGCAACAGUGUUCACCCAUGUUGAAUGCAAUAAAAUAAACACGAUGCAAAAAGAUGAUGUGGAUGUUUGCCUGUAGUAGGGAGGGGGUUAAGGAAGAAAAAACGUGAGACGGGAGGGAGGCGGAGUCCUCCAAGGUUGGGCGCCAGACCAACAGGUAUACAGUUAGCCACUGGGAGAUAAGGAGCAGGCGAGGACUGAGAAGGAAAUGAAGACGAGUCAACGCUUUGUCCCACAGACAGGAAGAAAAAGGGCUUCGGUAUUUCUACAUGUAUUUAGGGUAGGUGUGGGUAGCAACAUCAAGGUCUAAAUUCCCAGAACCCAGGUAAAGACAAAGAACUGCUGAAGGUACCUCAGCUCUGUGGUUCUGUGUAAUCACUUGCUUUGACUGAUGUCU